AUGCAAAAAGCUUCAUCUUUUAAGAAUUCUGAUAUCAUCUCUCUUGAAACUAAAAUAAAUGAAUUGGAGUUUGAGUUAGAACAAACUAUGCAAAAAGUUUUAUUAAAAGAUUCUGAUACUAACCAAUUGUAUAGUAAUCCCUCUCUUGAAAUUAAAACAAAGGAUUUGGAAAAUGAACUGGAAAAAGUUACGUUAAGUAAUCUGAAAGAUGAACUAGAUCAGAUUGUUUCACAACCGCAUCAGACAAUUCAUGAUUCAAAAAUAGAGCACAAACCUGAUAGAAAAGAAGAUUAUGAUA